AACGCAGCAGUAGUUGGUCCCCGGGCUGCAGGUUUGCGUCUUUAAAGGUCGCGGCCGCCGCUGUCAGAGGCUCCCUGAACCGCUGCAUCUCUCCCGAGCCUCCAACACCUGCAGCUGGUUUCAGAAGCAGCAGCUGCUGGAUUUCAGUCAUCCAAUCACUGAGAGAGGCAGCGCCGCUAUUGUUUGUUGCUUCCACUUCCGGGCGGGUCUGCUCUUCAUCUCCGGUGGAAGCAGAAGAAGAAGAAGCAGAAGGAGAAGGAGAAGGAGAGGAGCUGGAGGAGGAGGAGAAGUUCCACCCGGCAUCGAUGCUUCGAGCUGGGAGGAUGGAGGAGUUUGUGACGGAGGAGGAGGAGCCGUGGUACGACCAGCGGGACCUGGAGCAAGACCUGCAUUUGGCUGCGGAGCUCGGCAAGACUCUCCUCGAACGCAACAAGGAGUUGGAGGACUCCCUCCAGCAGAUGUACAUCAACAACGAGGAGCAGGUGCAAGAGAUCGAGUACCUGUCCAAGCAGCUGGAGAUGCUGAGGGAGAUGAACGAGCAGCACGCCAAGGUGUACGAGCAGCUGGACGUGACGGCACGAGAGCUGGAGAUCACCAACGAGAAGCUGGUGCUGGAGAGCAAGGCCUCGCAGCAGAAGAUAGACAGGUUGACGGGCACCAUGGAGACCCUGCAGAGUCAGGUGGACGGUCUGACGUCUCGGGUGGAGGAGCUGCGGACCCUGGAGGAGCUGAGGGUGCGCAGAGAGAAGAAGGAGCGGCGCAAGACGGUCCACUCGUUCCCCUGCCUCAAGGAGCUCUGCACUGCUCCCAGAUAUGAGGACGGUUUCCUCUUGGCCAACCCUGGCAGCGUCGACCUGGUGGAGCGGCAGCCUUUCGACGAGGAAAACGACCGCCUCAGAGACAUUGUGUCCUCCCUGCACUCGGCCAUGGCGCUGGAGCGGUCGAAGCGGGAGAGCGUGGAGAGGGAGUGCGCCGUGGUGCUGCAGGAGUUCGAGCAGCUGGAGCAGCGUCUGCUGGGCGCUGAGGGCUGCAAGCUGCGGGUCCAGGAGCUGGAGGCCGAGCUGCUGGAGAUGCAGCAGCUCCGGAAGUCCAGGGUGUGUCUCAUCGGAGACAUGGAGGACGGCUUGGAGACGCUGCUCGGCAACGGCCCCGAGACGGACACCCCGGAGGAGGAAGGCGGACAGGAGGAGGGGGGCGAAGCCGGGCAGCAAGGCGGAGGCCCGGUGCGGAAGAGCUGCAGCGACACGGCCCUGAACGCCAUCUCGGCCGCGUCCGGCCGGCGCCAGGGCGGGUACCCGCUUCAAGGCAACGGCGCCCGCAAACGGGGGAUGUCCAUCCUGCGGGAGGUGGACGAGCAGUACCACGCCCUGCUGGAGAAGUACGAGGAGCUGCUGGGGAAGUGCAGGCGCCACGAGGAGACUCUGUGCCACGCCGGGGUGCAGACGUCACGGCCCGUCUCCAGAGACCCCUCCAUGAGGGAGUACAGCAUGAGCCCAGCGGAGCCUUCCACGUCCGGGGCCGCUGGGCCCCCAACGCCUCCGCAGACCCCCUCCACCCCAGAGGCGCUGGAGGGGAUCAGCAGGCAGGUGGAGCAGGUGGACAAGCGGCUGAGUCAGAACACGCCAGAGUACAAAGCGCUGUUCAAAGAGAUCUUCUCCCGGCUGCAGAAGACCAAGAGGGACAUGAACUCCCCGAAGAGCCGAAAGACUCACAAAUAAAACUGAACUCCCCUCCACCCUCCGGAGAAGAAACUAAAUGCACUGAGAAAAGCUCAAGCUAACUUACAAAGCAUUACCUCACAGUUCAGCUGCUGACGUAUAGGAAACACUACUUAUUCAUGUAAAACUGCCAAAUGUUAUUUUGCUGCGCAGGGGAUCUCUUACAGGCCCGAGAUCAGAAGGCACAGAUGGUUUUGUUUCAAUUUUGUAAUCGAGAUGUCAGAGUGAUUGACUAUUUAUUUCAAUAAGCCAAAUGAACCUGAAGCAGAAAGUGUGAGGGGCUCUGGGCAUUUCAAGCAUGUACUUGUUUAUAACAUCACUAAAUGCUUAAAAAAAUAAAUAUCACAAGCUUUAAAACUGAAGCAAAUCUUAAUGUUUUAUAUUUAAUUUUGUUUUCCUGGAUAGGAAUUGCUGAUUCAGAGAAUCAGCAAUUAAAUUAUAUCUGAAGUUUACUUGCACACACUGCAGGACCACAACUAUUCAUACAGCCUCUAAUAUCCCCUGAAAAGGUCUUUAAGUACAUUUAAUUGAGGUCAACACAUUCAGCAGUUAAGAUUUCAGUGACUCGAUUAUUUUA